GCAUUUUGGGAAGAAAUGAAGAUGGAGUAAAAUAAUUGAGUGCCUUCGGAUCUAAUCAAAUUCAUAAAUUCAAUCACAAACAUAUUUGAUUAAUGGAGGUAUCAAGUGGAGGAGGAGGAAUAGAAGAGAAAGGAAUGUUUGAGUAUUUCGGUUGGAUUUAUCACCUAGGAGUUAAUUCUAUCGGCCAUGAAUAUUGUCACUUGCGUUUUCUUUUCAUUAGAGGCAAAUGUGUUUCUAUGUAUAAACGUGAUCCUCAUCAGAACCCUGGCAUUAAACCCAUUAGGCAAGGUGUCAUAGGGCCCACAUUGAUGGUAGAGGAGCUUGGGCGUCGAAAGGUCAACAAUGGGGAUUUUUAUGUCAUACGCUUUUACAAUCGAUUAGAUGAGUCCAGAAAGGGAGAAAUUUCUUGUGCAACGGCUGGGGAAGCCCAAAGAUGGAUGGAAGCAUUUGAAAAUGCCAAGAAUCAGGCUGAGUAUGAGUUGUCAAGAGGAGCAAGUGCUAGAGAUAAACUGAAUCAAGGAAUUGAGAUCAAUCUAGAAGGACAUCGACAUAUAGUGAGGCGGUAUGCAUCUGGGCUAAGGAAGCUUAUAAGAAUUGGCCAAGGUCCAGAGACACUCUUACGGCUAUCAUCAAAGUUUUUCGGUAGUUCAGAUGCGUUUGAAGGGGACACAGGAGAUGCAUUUGAUGCACAUCAUUGGAAAUGUGUUCGUACAAUGUCUGGUAUUAGAAUUUUUGAGGAUAUUGCCAGUCACAAGAAUGGUAAAGGUAUCCUCGCUAAAUCGGUUGGUGUUAUUGAUGCAACUGUAGAUAGUGUUUUUGAAGUGUUUUUAAACACUGAUAGAAAGAAAAGAUAUGAGUGGGAUAUGUUGAUGGGUGACUUAGAGUUGGUAGAGUCUUAUGAUGGGCAUUACGAUGUUGUUUAUGGGACAUAUGAUCCUAAGUACCUAACUAGAUGGCACUCAAAGCGAGAUUUCAUCUUCUCUAGGCAAUGGUUUCAUGCACAAGAUGGAACAUACACUAUCUUGCAAUUUCCAGCAAUACAUAAGAAAAAGCCGCCAAGAUUAGGAUAUCGACGAACAAAAAUUAAUCCAUCUACAUGGGAGAUUAGAAAUUUGAACACACCUAUGGGAUCAAAUAUACCAAGGUGUUUAGUGACACACACGUUAGAGAUACACUCCACUACCUGGCAUCGAUGGAAGAACAACCAAUGCACAAAAUUUGAGAAGAGCAUACCUUAUGCAUUGUUGUGCCAAGUAGCAGGUCUAAAGGAAUAUAUUGGAGCAAAUCCGGCAAUCCACCAACAAGAUGUUGGAACAGUUGUUCAUUCAAAUAUCUCCAGUAUUUCGUUGUCCAGAGCUGAAUAUGAAAAUGCAGAAGUCCAGGAUGAAUUUUAUGAUGCAAUUGCAGCUGAGUCAUCAACAUCUGAUGAGGAAAGUGAUGAUGACGACGAACUUGAACAUAAGGAUCAAAGGGUCAAACUAAAGAAUAUUUCAUGGGCCAUGACAACUUUACCUUUGAAGCGAACAGCAGCUCCAGAUCUAAACAAAGAGUUAGAUCCUGAUGUAAGUCCUAUAAGAAUUGAUGCUAGUGACUUUCAUGGUUCUUUAAACAAAGGAAAGGAUGACAUUGACACAAACUGUUGGACGUCUCCUAGUGGUGAAGGAUUUAAGAUUAGAGGAAAGAACUAUCUAAAAGAUAAUUCUAAGGUAGUUGGAGGAGAUCCUCUUCUCAAACUUGUAGCAGUUGAUUGGUUAAAAGUUGAUAAACCUGUAGAUAGAGUUGCAUUGCAAAGUAGAAGUAUGGUUCAGACCGAAGCUGGGAAAAAGCUUCCAUUUAUUCUAGUAUUUAAUCUCCAGGUUCCAGCUAAACCAAACUACAGUUUGGUUCUAUAUUAUGCAUCUGACAGACCUAUAAAUAAAGAUUCACUAUUGGGUAAGUUUUUGGAUGGAAAUGAUACAUUUCGAGACUCAAGAUUCAAACUAAUUCCAAGUAUAAUUGAGGGAUAUUGGAUGGUCAAGAGAGCUGUAGGAACAAAAGCUUGCCUAUUGGGAAAAGCUGUGACUUGUAAAUACUUCAAGCAAGAUAAUUUUUUGGAGAUAGAUGUGGAUAUUGGAUCAUCCUCUGUAGCCAGGAGUGUUGUUGGCCUUGUUCUUGGAUACGUCACAAGUCUAGUCGUGGACCUUGCAAUUUUAAUAGAGGCAAAAGAAGAGUCGGAGCUGCCAGAGUACAUUCUUGGAACUGUUCGAUUAAAUCGUGUAAGACUUGAAUCUGCUGUACAGUUUGAAGUUUGAGAUGAUCUACCAAAAAUAUUCAAUAGUCUACCUACACUAUUAUUUAGUUGAAAUGUUUUUGCUUUGGCUGAGGACUCUAGACAAUGUAAAUUUGGUGGAUUUGAUUAUGUUAGUGUGUCACUGACUUGCACGAAUUGGACAA